AUGCCUAGUUUUGCAGAGAGUUUCUGGUCGAAUGACUUGAAUUCUGGGCUGGCUCAGCUUUUCGAUAGGUUAUACCACGGCUGUGAACAAUGCGACGAGUUUACUCAAUUGUUCGCUUCAAGAAUGCAGUAUGAGGUAGCCUAUGGUAGACAAUUAUUUGGUGUAAGAAAUAAUGUCGAAAAUAUAAAUGAUUUCCAAGAUUCUUCCAGCACUGUAGAAUCGAGUUUGCAAAAAAUGAUAGAUGCAACAUCCAAUGAAGGUAAGAAUCAUUUGGAUAUUGCAGCAAACUUGGAAGAAUUAGUGUUGAAACCUUUUAGCAAAUGGUGUGAGGAUCAUAGGGGACGUGUUAAAUAUUCUGAAGAUAUUUUGAAAAAAAAUGCUAAGAAUUUCCAAAAGUCAAGAGCAUAUGUGGCAAAAUUAGAGAAGGAGUAUUUUAACAGUUGCAGAAAACUGGAAACUUAUAGAAACACAAAUUUUUCCGAAGAUCAGCUAAGAAAGGCUAUGAGUGCCUUAAAAAUUCAACAAAAAUAUGAUAAACAUAUUGAGAAGGAAAAAGAUUAUCAACAUUUUGCUACAAUUGCUGAUAUUAACUUUGAUUAUAAGACGAUGAGAGAAACUUUAAAACUGUUUUUGACUGGCUUACCUAAAGAAGAAUUUAAACUGCCUUUAAUAAGUUAUUCUUUCCCAAAUACUAAUAAUGGUAGUGACAUAACAAAAUUUAUUAUAAAAUAUUUUUCCCUGAAGGAUUCUGAUCAUGCAGAAACUUUUGCUCAAGAACUGAUUACUUUAGGGUUUUUAAAACAUUGCAAUGGUGUAGGGAACAAUUUUGUUAAUUCAGAAAAAUUCCAAUAUCAAUGGAAAAAAGAUGCUUAUAAGUUUGCCAAAGUUCCAUAUCCAAAUGAAAUUGAUAAUAUUGUUCGAAAUAAUGAUGAAGUAACAGAAUCAUUAGUGUCGCAUUACAUGGAUGAAAUAACAGCAUCAACCCCAGAUAUCGAAGUAUCAAUACGAGAUAAACCAGAACUUACAAAUGAAGAAAGUAUUUUAUUUCAACUGGUUAAAGAUGUUGAAGAUGCGGACACAAAAUAUCGUCAAGAGAGUUAUAAAAUGGAUAAUUUAAGAUGCUCUAUCGAAGAACUAAUGGUCGAUCACUUAACGUUUAUGGAGAAAUGUGAAUUGGAUAGAUUAAAAGCUAUCAAAAAAGUAACGUUCGAUUUUUAUUCUGUUUUUGUAAAUAAAAUAACUUCCAUAAAGUUGAAUGUUGACAGGUUAAUGGAAAGUGAAGAAGCAAUAGAUCCAACUCAAGAUUUACUGCAACUAAUAAAAGAACAUAGAACAGGGUAUUUCCAACCUAAAGUCAUUACUUAUAAUAACUUUUAUAAUCCGGGAACUACUCAGAAUUUUGGUAUUGAUCUAGAAACUAGAAGCAGACUAGAUAAGAGAGUUGUUCCAUUGAUAAUAUCGGCAAUAUUGCUCUAUAUGGACAAUAUAUAUCCUGACUUAGACAAUGAUAAAGUGAGGAUUUCUAUUUGGAUAAGUCCUGUGAAACUAAAUUUAACGCAUGAAUUGAGGGCUAUUCUGAAUAGAAAACAAUUCCAAGAUGAAGGAGAGAUAAUAGAGCUUUUAAAACAAUCAAAAUAUGAACCAAGCACGGUAGCCAGUGUUCUGAAGAUCUAUUUACUAGAGUUACCGAAUGCAUUGAUCAAAAAUGAUAUAACAGAUGUUCUAAAAGCACUGUAUUUAGAUUAUUCAUCUCCAGCAACCUCGCAUGAUUCUAUAGAAGACAAAAGUAUAACUGAGAAACUUAAUGAGGAAGUGGUAACUGAUAAAGAUGAUAAAGAUGUGAUUUUGGACAAUAAAGAUAUGAAAAGGAUUAAAGGAUUAUCAGCAAUAUUAGCUUCACUUUCCAAGCCUCGCAUUGCAACAUUAGCUGCCAUAAUUACGCAUUUUCAUAGGCUUAUCCAAAUAUUAAAAAUGGGUGAGAAUGGAGAACACACUGCUCUCGAAUUUAGCAAUUCAAUCUCUAGAGAAUUUGCCAAUUGUAUUAUUGAAGUUAAUAUUCAUGAUGGGAAUGACUUGGGUUUUAAGAUCUUUUACGAUCUUUUACAAUAUAAACAUGAGAUUAUUAAUUUCCUAAAAGAGCAUAACUCCAAGUCUAAAAAAUAA